UAAACAUGUCAGAACCUAACACAAGAAGGAAAAUAUUUCCUGAAAAAUAUUUUUCUAAACUACGAGGUAAGCUACGUGCCAGAGAACGACAAAAACUGAAAUUUAUAUUUAAAAAAAAAUUAGCGAAGCAAGCCAAAAAAAAUCAAUUUUCAUUAAAUCAGUACAAAAAUAUAGAAUAUUACAAAAGUAACAUGAAUGAAAAUGUUGAUAGAAUUAUUGGAAAUUCAAUUGAUAAUAUUAGUGAUAUGAAUGAAUGGCAAUAUCAGCAUCAAAUAGCUUAUUGGAAAUCAAGAGCACUUUCAUUAGAAGCAGAAAAUAAAAUGUUACACGAACACAUUAGAAAAUUUUAUUCGGAAGAUGAUUGGAACAGAAAAAGUUCCAGUGCAUGUCAUAUGCAUUUUUCACCACGCGAUGCGCACAAUUUACAGGGAGAAUUUUCAUCAUCCAAUGUGCAUAAUAGAAAUUUACAGGAAGAUAUUUCACAAAUAGAAUCAACAAAUUCUGAAACUGGAACAGAAAACGAACAUAAUCCUCAAGAAGAUAAUUUACCUGUUAAGUUUGUGGUUGAUGAUACUUGGCUAAAAUUCAUGGAACAAACAGAACGUCACCGGAGACAUUUAAGAGAAAAAAGAGCAGUAGAAAGAGCAAACAAGAAAGAAGAGAGUGCAAAUUCAAAUAACGAUAAUGGAACGUCUCGUGAUAAAAAAGAAGGAUUAGUUGAAACUAUAAACUUUAAUAAUGUCGAACAUAAUAAUGAAAUGGACAUAUUAUAUGGUAAGGGUGCACCAUUGAUUAGAGCUUGUGAAACAGCUGUUAAAUUUUCAUUUGAACAUCAUGCUAAAAAGGCUAUUCAAUUUUGGCCUCAUCUUCCCCUUAAAAUUUGA